AGGAGGUGACUAUGUCGAAGAAGAAAAGAGAGAGAAGUUUUCGUUGUCAAAAAUCUGAACAAAAAAUAAAAGCGCUCGCUUUGGCCUUUGAGUUUGACACCUAAACCAAAGCAAACCAUUUCACACCUGCUAUUCACACCACCUUCGUAUAAAUCUUUCUCCCUCUCUCUCUUUCUAUCUUUUUCUGUCUUUUGAUCGAUCUUUUCUUGGUGCAAAAAAUAAACUGGUUUCGGUUGCGUGUAUUGGUGGCUUCUUAAUUAUGGAGGGACACCAUCAUCCUCAUCAUCAACAUCAACAACAUCCUCAUCCUCAUCCUCAUAUCAGUGUUAACGUGGAUACCAGUGAUAGGUUUCCUCAAUGGAGUGUUCAAGAAACGAAGGAGUUCUUGAUGAUCAGAGCAGAGUUAGAUCAAACGUUUAUGGAGACAAAGAGAAACAAGCUUUUAUGGGAAGUUAUCGCCACAAAGAUGAAAGAAAAGGGUUAUAACAGGAGUGCUGAACAGUGCAAGUGCAAGUGGAAAAACCUCUAUACUCGAUACAAGGGAUGUGAAACGGCGGAACCUGAAUCUUUGAGGCAGCAAUUCCCAUUUUACAAUGAGCUGCAGGCGAUUUUAUCAGCUAGAAUGCAAAGAAUGUUAUGGGCUGAAGCCGAAGGCGCAGCCAGCGGGGCGAAAAAGAAAGGGGCACAGCUAUCUUCAGAUGAUGCUGAAGAUAAUGAAGAUAGUGAAGGAGAGAAAGGUAACCCUAAGAAGAAACUAAAAAAGACAAGCAAAGGCACUGGAAAUACCAGUGGUAGUGGAAACAACACUAAUUUGAAAGAGAUAUUGGAGGAUUUCAUGAAGCAACAGAUGCAAAUGGAAAUGCGAUGGCGAGAAGCAUUCGAAGCAAGAGAGAAUGAGAGGAGGUUAAGGGAGAUGGAGUGGCGACAAACAAUGGAAGCAUUGGAAAACGAGAGGAUAAUGAUGGAUCAGAGGUGGAGAGAAAGAGAAGAACAAAGAAGGUUGAGAGAAGAGGCUAGGGCUGAGAAGAGAGAUGCUCUUAUCACAGCACUUCUAAACAAGCUUAGAAGAGAAGACAUGUAGCCUUUUACUUGUUUUGAGAGGUGAACAAUAACCCUUUUGUGUUUGUUUAGUCUUUGCCUUUGGCACAGGUAAGUAACCUUUCAUUAGAUUUCAUGUAAAGUAAGUUAUACAACUUUUGGUCUUUGCUUUUCCUCGAGUCCAAUUUCUUUAACAAUAUCAUGACUUGUCCUUGGGAAAAAGCUUAUGUCUCCCAAUGUAAAGGAAAGAUCCGACCCAUUAUUCCAUUUUCAGUAUGAUAAUAAUAAUAAUAAUCUGUUUUCUAUUAAACACUUGCUUGAUAUUGGGUUCCAAUAAUUCCUGCAGCUCACUUUUUUUGACAAUCUGUUGUGUUUCAAGCUUAAAUAGAUAUGAAUCUGUGGUAGUUUUGCACCGGAGGCAACCGUGCUCACAUGCAAACGCGUAACGUGCACAAAUUAUAAUCUUUUGUCAGUCUGAAAGGAAAUUUCAGUCUACGAGACAGCUGUGUUUUUGGCUGAGUUACACCGACCGAGAUUUUCUUUUGUGCUGGAGAUCAUUAUUUUGUUACAUAACUUGCCAAUUUUAUAUCAUUUUGCCUGAAGCAAACCCAGGGGAAUUGUUUAUUGUUUGAUGAUGGACUUUCAAUCUCUCUCAAUGGUGCCAUCAUCCGAAAUUAAUUGAUUUCUGGACAAGAUAAGAUAUCAUCAUUUAAUAGCUGAAUAAUCUCACAUAACCUUUUUUAAAGAAUUGAGAUUUCAAAUAUAGAAUGAUUUAUUUGAGGUUGUGGAACAGCCGAAUUUUUUAUGUCAUAUAUUAUU